GGAUUCAUCAAUCCCACUUCUAGUCCUGAUCACGACUGCAUUCGCAGGCUCGCAGCAUCAUCAACACCAUCGGGGUCAAGGCGUUUGUUAGCCGCCGUGGAGGCUGGGCGGGCAGCGGGCUCUCCCCGCCGGUCCCUCAAAAGAAAUGCACACGGGAAGCACGCCGCCCUCGUAGCUGCUCGUCUGCCCUCCGUUCGACCCCCUCCGGGCUCCUCGUCCGCCGACCUUCGCCCGCGCAGGAUAGGACAUGGCGCCCGCCCAUCGGAAGUCGACCACCACAAGCGUCCAUGCAAACGCAAGUGCAAGCUCCAGUGCAAGCACAAACGCGAGCGGAAGCGCAAAUGUGGUCCCGACGGCAGGCGCGUCGGCGGUGUCCGCGCCGCCGCCCAUAUCGGCGUUUGUGGUAGGCCCGUCGCAGGCCCCAGGUAUCACGCCAUUCUGGAACCCGAUCGUCGUGCUCGUUUUCCUCUGGGCCGCGCUCUUCCUCGCGCUCUGCGCGACCGCGGUCUGCCUGUUCGUGCGCGGCCGCCGUAGAGAGGCUCGGGCGCACCCGGUGCGCCGCGUCACGAUCGCCGGGACGGCGCGGGCGCGGGGGAAGGCCGUCGCGGUCCUCGCCAACGGGCCCGAGUCCGAAAAGGGCGGGAGCCAGCACAGCGGUGGUAGCAGGGACAAGGACAGGGAAGGGGGCGACGGGGCAGAGGAGCAGGAGCAAGACCUGAGCGAGAGGCAGAGCGUGACGAGGGCGGGUCGAGACCGGGAGGGGGAAAGGACGUCGCCGCCGCCACCAGCGAUGCCGCUCGGACUGCCUUCGUGCUCGUCGUCGGGUUCGCCUCUGUCGGCGACGACGUCCAAGUCGCUCGAUCCGGGCCAGGAGUCGCAGACGACCCCGGUGCCCCAGGUGCUCGUGUGGUUGCCGUCGUUCCGGAACGGUGCGGGCGGUCAGGCGCAGGCGAGUGAGGGGCACGGUGCGACGUCAUUACGAGGCGGGGUUCUUUGAUCGUUCUUCCCGGGGCACGGACUCGGGCUUUCGCACUUGGGAUAGAAGGACACACGGACUGGAAUGGAUACCCGAUACACAUCUGGACAUAUCGCAGCUGCUAGACUUCGAUUUCUUCACUCUAUAUUGUAGCUAUGGAGCUUUCACCAUCACACCACACGCCAUCCCUGGCCAUGGGACUCUG